UGUCCCUCCCCUUCGAAGCUCAUUUUCUUUCACUCCAGUCUAUCACGAUCAAUUGUCUGGUGUGCUGCUGUGUCGGUGUGAACAAUUGUCUCUAUCUACUUGCCCCACAUCUCCUUACACUCUCACAAUGUCCGCACAACUCACUCCCUCCAAGCAGGCUGCGUCCUCGCUUGAGAACCUCAAGAUGAGCGAUUCUCCCGUUAAGAAGCUCAACUUCAACACUGCUGGCAAGGAGAACGCUCCCGCCACCGUCGACCUCUCUGCCGAGAAGGCCGUUGCCGAGAAGCCCGUCGAAGCUCCUAAGGUUGCUCCUGGUAUCAAGGAGUUCGAGGCCAAUGAGCCUCUUCUUCAAGAGAAUCCUCACCGUUUCGUUCUCUUCCCCAUCAAGUAUCACGAGAUCUGGCAGAUGUACAAGAAGGCCGAAGCCUCUUUCUGGACCGCCGAGGAAAUCGAUCUCUCCAAGGAUUUGCACGACUGGAGCAACCGCCUCAACGAUGACGAGCGCUAUUUCAUUUCUCACGUCCUUGCUUUCUUCGCCGCCUCCGACGGCAUUGUCAACGAGAACCUGGUGGAGCGUUUCAGCGGCGAAGUUCAGAUCCCCGAAGCUCGUUGUUUCUACGGGUUCCAGAUUAUGAUGGAGAACAUCCACUCCGAGACCUACUCCCUCCUCAUCGAUACCUACAUCAAGGAGCCCAAGCAGCGCAAUUACCUUUUCGACGCCAUUGAUAACAUUCCUUGCAUUCGCAAGAAGGCCGAUUGGGCCAUCAGGUGGAUCCAGGACCGCGAAUCAACUUUCGCCCAGCGCCUCGUUGCUUUCGCUGCCGUUGAGGGUAUCUUCUUCUCUGGCUCUUUCGCUUCUAUCUUCUGGCUCAAGAAGCGUGGCCUGAUGCCCGGUCUCACUUUCUCCAACGAGUUGAUUUCCCGUGAUGAGGGUCUUCACACCGACUUUGCUUGCUUGCUCUUCUCCCACCUCAACAACCGCCCCAGCAAGCAGAUGGUCGAGGACAUUAUCGUCGAGGCUGUCGGUAUUGAGCAGGAGUUCCUGUCGGACUCUUUGCCCGUUGCCCUGCUGGGCAUGAACGCCAAGCUGAUGUGCCAGUACAUCGAGUUCGUUGCCGACCGCUUGCUGGUCGCUCUGGGUAACAAGAAGUACUACAACUCCACCAACCCCUUUGACUUCAUGGAGUCGAUCUCCCUGGCUGGCAAGACCAACUUCUUCGAGAAGCGUGUCGGUGACUACCAGAAGGCUGGUGUCAUGGCUAGCACGAAGAAGAAGGAGGAGGAGGAGACCAGCGCCUCGUCCGGUGGUCUGAACUUUGAUGAGGACUUUUAGAUUGAUGCCACGAUAUACCCGGUUGUCGGCACAGCCAUGGCUACGAAUAAUUCUGUUUGGUUUUGUGUUAUGAGCUUUGAGUUACACGCAUGGGAUUGGCGUUGGUUGGCGGGCUUGUUUACUGUAUUUAGCUAGGAAUGUACAUUGGAUAUGACUUGA